CCACAUUGGGUCUUUUAUUUUUUAAAAGAGUAAUUCAUGAAUCACUGGUUUUAAUUGAGUUCUCGUUUCUUUGACCAUUGUUACGUCGGGAGGAAGAGAACGGACAUGGCGGCGAGGACGCCCCGCGUGAUCGAGAAGGCCGGUUAUACCAGAGAAUUCAAUUCAACAACGGCGGCAAUGUUCAAUCCACUGAAUAAACAUAAUGCUUUGUGGUGGGCUAAAUGUUCAAUUAAUGUGCAGUACAGUACAGUUGAAGGGUUCCACCAAAUGCAUAAAUUGCAGUCGGUGAGAGCUGUUGAUUUGUUUCCAUUUGUGUGUGCUUUGGAAUUGGAUUCUCACACCGCCACCGUCGCUCCUUCGCCGUCGCCACCAAGGGUUUGCCGUCACCACACCGUCGCUUCGCCAUCCUCCACCCCCCGCCAUCCCCACUAUCGCUUUGCUGUGUUCGUUGUCUUCUUCCUUCAUACUUCAUCCGUCGUUAGUGUCGCGUGUGCAAACCGGAUGCUUUCACGUUGCCUCCUUCCCGUCGUCGCCACCUUCUUGCCGUCGCCCUCCCGUCCUCGACGCUGCUCUACCGCCACCGCAGACGUCAUCUUCGCUCAUUCUAAGCAAAUUGAGAGAGAUGAAGCGAGAAACGCAGACACCCAGAAGGGGUCGCCGGUGACAAAACCGACCAUCGCCGGCGACUCCCAGCAAGUCUCACUACACGCACGCCGGAAAUAGAGAGAGAGUGAGUAGAGUUUCGUGCGGUGUGCAUCACACGCCCAGAGGUCUGCCACUCGAACCUCCAUAGUUUCGGUUUUGAAGGUAUCAUGGAGGCUCACCAUGGAGGAUGAAUUCCUAUCAAGUGGAGAUUGUGCUUUAGAAUGAUGAUGAGACUUGGAUGCCACCAUCAAGGGGGAUAUAGAUUACAACUUAAGACAUUAGAAGAAGGUGAAAAUUUAUGAUUUAGCACAAGAUCUUGGGGAUAUGGGUCGUUGUCUAUCGUGGUUGUGGAGGUAUUGUCUUUGUGCAAAUAGGUAUCCCAUGUCUCAAUUUUGCUACCAAGAAGACUAAGAUAGAAGAGCAUCGCAGUUUAGCGAUUUCGUAGUUGCAGCAGUAAUUGAGCAGCAGGGUUCUUUCAUAAUGUGUAUGAAGCAUUUUCAUCAUUUUUUUUGAAUCUCAUUUGAUUGUUAAGAAGCCCCCUUUAUCAUACUAAAAAUUCGAGAUUACU